AUGCAAUAUUCUACCCUUCUCUAUUACACUUUCUUUCUCUUUUCUCUUUCCUCUACACGUCUCUCCAUUAAGCAUUUUUUUUUAUACCUUUUCUUAUUCUACCUCUCCAUUACGCGUUUUUUCUCUUUCCUCUUCCUACUUCUAUAUCACGCCUACUUACAUUUUUCUCUUUCCUCUUCCCACCUCUAUAUUGAGCUUUCCUCUUUACUCUCCCCUCUUCCCACCUCUACAUUAUGCCUACUUACUCUUUUCUCUUUCCUCUUCCUACCUCUACAUUAUGCCUACUUACUCUUUACUCUCUCCUCUUCCCACUUCUACAUUAUGCCUACUUACUCUUUUCUCUUUCCUCUUCCCACCUCUACAUUACGCCUACUCACUCCUUUCUCUUUCCUCUUCCCACCUCUACAUUAUGCCUACUCACUCCUUUCUCUUUCCUCUUCCCACCUCUACAUUAUGCCUACUCACUCUUUUCUCUUUCCUCUUCCUACCUCUACAUUACGCCGACUGACUCUUUUCUCUUUCCUCUUUCUUACCACUAUAUUACUCCUACUUACUCUUUUCUUCUUCCUCUUCCCAUCUCUAUAUUACGCUCUUCUCGUUACUCUCUUCCUACAUCUACAUUACGCCUACUCACUCUUUUCUCUUUCCUCUUCCUACCACUAUAUUACUCCUACUUACUCUUUUCUCUUUACUCUUCCUACUACUAAAUUAUGCCUACGUACUCUUUCCUCUUCCUACUUCUAUAUAAUACCUACUUACUCUUUUCUAUUUCUUCUUCCCACAUCUAUACAACACUUUUGUCUUUACUCUCCUCUCUUCCUACCUAUAUAUUACGCCUACUUAUUCGUUUUUCUUUCCUCUUCCCACCACUACAUUACGCCUACUUGCGUUUUUCUCUUUCCAUUUCCUACGUCUAUAUUAGGCUUUUCCCUUUACUCUCUCCUCUUUCCACCUCUAUAUUACUGUCUUCUCUUUUCCCUUUCCACUCCCCACCUAUAUAUUACGCCUAUUUUUUUCUUCUCACUUCUAUAUCACGUUCCUCUCUUUACUCUCCUCUUCCUACGUCCUUUUUUCUCUUUCUCUCCUCUUCCCACCACUAUAUUACGCCCACUUACUUUUUUCUCUUUCCUCUUCCUUCCUCUAUCUGUAUAUUACUCUCUUUUCUUUUAUCCUCUUCCUACCCCUAGAUUACAUUCUUCUCUUUUCUCUCUCCACCUCCCACCUCCAUAUCACGCCCUUCUCUUUUCUCUUACCUCUUACUACUUCUACGUUACGCCUACUUACUCUUUUCUCUUUCCUCUUACCAUCUCUACACUACGUCCUUCUGUUUUCUAUCUCCUCUUCCUACCUCUAUAUUACUCCUCCUCUUUUCUAUCUCCUAUUUCCACAUCUAUAUUACCCCCUUUUCUUUUUUCCUCUUCCCACCUCUUUAUUACAUUCUACUCUCUCCUCUUCCCACCUCUAUAUUACGUUCAUCUCUUUCCUCUCUCUUCUUCCCACCUCUUGAUUACCUCCUCCUCUUUUCUAUCUCAAAUUUCCACGUCUAUAUUACUACCUUUACUUUUUUCCUCUUCUCACCUCUUUAUUACAACCUACUCUCACCUCUUCCCACCUCUAUAUUGCGUCCAUCUUUUUCUCUCUCUCUUUUCCCCACCUCUAUAUGAAGUCCUUCUCGUUUCUAUCUCGUUUUGUCACCUCUAUAUUACUUCUUUUCUUUUCUUUUCUUUUCUUUUCUUUUCUUUUCUUUCCUUUUCUUUUCCCUUCUUCCUAACUCUAUAUACAUCUUUCUCUUUCCUCUUCCCACCUCUACAUUACGACCUUCUCUCUCUAUUCUUUAGUUGUUUCUCUUUUUGCUUUCUUUCUUUAAUUUUCGUUUCUUCUAUCUUGUCUGCUUCUGCUCUUCACUUUCUCUUCUGCUUUUCACCCGCACUCUCUCUCUCUCUCUCCCUUCUCUCUCUCUUUCUCCCUUCUUUCUCUCUCUUUCUCCCUUCCUUCUCUCUCUUCCCGAAUCUGUUUCACAUAAACCACCGUUUCCUCCCCCGAUUCUUUAUCUUCACACCAUUGAACAUUCCCAACACACUUACACACUCCUCCCUAGCGCCAUUUUUUAAAAUAAUAAAUCCUUUUGUUCUUUCCCCCCUCCACUUUCCUAAUACAUCCCUGCACCCCUUACAGGCCCCGCCCACUGCAGAUUUUGAUUGGAGAUUUCUCUCGGCACCCCCACCUUCCCCACUAUUUAUAUUCUCGCCUUUGAUAUUGUCCAUAUUCGUGCCUUUUACUUUCUUUUAUCGCAAACCACUCUCUAAUCUUUUUGUUUUUUUUUUCAUCCCUUUAAUUGAUCCUGUCUUUACCAUUUUAUUGUUUUUUCUUUCUUAUUGCUUUUUUCUUUCUUUCUUUCUUUCUUUCUUUCUUUCUUUCUUUCUUUCUUUCUUUCAUACAUUUUUAUUUCUCUUAUUCCAUUCUUUGCUUUCUCUAUUAAUUUUUUUUACAUCAAUUGUUACUCUUUUUUUUCAUCCCUACUUUAAUUGA